GCAUGCGCAUAUUGGUUGGUCACGUGAACAGCGGAAAAUAGUUUUUUUAUAGAAGGAAGUCUUCUGCAUACUGCGUGUUCAAUUCAAACCCAGAGUAAUGAGUGUACCCAUACCUUAAAGAAAAGCCUAAGCACGUCGACCUUAUUCUUUGCGUGCUUGAUAGUUUUCCAAGUCUUGUGUUUUCGCUGACCUUCUGUCACCAUGCGGGUCAGCACCGUGUUGCUGUGUGUGUUGUUUCUCUGGGUCGAGAGGUCUCUGGCCGACACACCUGCCAACUGCACCUACGAGGACCUGCUGGGGACCUGGGUCCUCCAGCUCUCUAAAGGAGGACACGAAAAGACGGUCAACUGCUCUAAUGAAGCCACGGGGGUGAAGAUGGUUACCGUGACCCUGGAGAAGCUCUCAGUGGCCCGGGACGACCUGGGCAACACCGGGUUCUUCACACUCAUCUACAACCAGGGCUUCGAGGUGACCAUCAACAACUACAAGUGGUUCGGCUAUUUCAGGUACACCGAGCAGGGUGAGAAUGUGACCAGCUACUGCGACCAGACCCUGCCAGGCUGGGUCCACGAUGUCCUGGGUCACAACUGGGCCUGCUUCGUGGCCAAGAGAGUGGAGCCCAUACUGCCCCGCACAGAGGUCAACCCGCUGCAGCAGCACCGCCUAGCCCGCAGGCUGCUCCAGACGCAAUACAAGGUCAACACAGACUUCAUCCAGACCAUCAACUCUGCGCAGAGCUCCUGGACGGCUGCCUACUACCCGGAGCACGAGAAGUACUCUCGGAAGGACUGGUUCUACCGGGCUGGAGGCCCUGCCUCUCGUGUUCCCGCUCGGGUUCGGCCGGCCCGUUGGUCCGCCGCGGGGGGCAAGAUGGCGUCCGCUCUGCCUGAGCACUGGGACUGGAGAGACGUGGACGGUGUGAACUACGUCAGCCCUAUCCGUAACCAAGGGUCAUGUGGCAGCUGCUACUCCUUUGCCGCCAUGGGGAUGCUGGAGGCUCGCAUCAGAGUCCUCACCAACAACAGCCAGACCCCGAUCCUGAGCCCCCAGCAGGUGGUCUCCUGCUCCCCCUACUCUCAAGGUUGUGAGGGCGGUUUCCCGUACCUCAUGGGGAAGUACGUCCAGGACUUCGGCAUCGUGGAGGAGUCGUGCCUGCCCUACGUGGGCGACAGCACCCCGUGCCGGAUCCCCCGGUCCUGCGGCCGGCUUUACACGGCGGAGUACAGCUACGUGGGGGGGUUCUACGGAGGCUGCAGCGAGACAGCCAUGAUGCAGGAGCUGGUGAAGAACGGCCCCAUGGCCGUGUCCUUCGAGGUGUACCCCGACUUCCGCUACUACAAGGAGGGCAUCUACCACCACACGGGGCUGCUGGACGCCACGGGCCCCUUCGAGUUGACCGACCACGCCGUGCUGCUGGUGGGCUAUGGCCGCUGCCCCAAGUGCGGCCAGGACUACUGGGUGGUGAAGAACAGCUGGGGCAACGGCUGGGGCGAGAAGGGCUUCUUCCGCAUCCGCCGCGGCUCGGACGAGUGUGCCAUCGAGAGCAUCGCCGUGGCGGCCACGCCCAUCCCGUCGCUGUAGGGGGGGGGGGAGGAGGAAGACUCAGGGUUUAGACAAGCAUGGGGAUAAGUGUGUGUGGGUGGUGUGUGUGUGUGUGGGUGUGUCCCAAAGUAAGAUCUUAUAUUUUUAGUUGUUCCAAUUUUAACAGGUGUGGCACUUGAUAUUUGUGUUAAAUAUUUAUAGUUUUCUUUUAUCACAGACACAUAUUUUGGUAGAUGUUAUUUUCUUUACCUUGACAUGUUUCGACGGAUUUACUUCCGUCUUCAUCAGAAGGUCACUCGGUGUAUUAGUGUGACGCGUUCUUAUCAGCUGAUGUUAACGGAGAUGUGAUCCACCAGUCAGUUUUUUGACCGGUGAACCACAUCUCCUGCUGUCAGUCCGCAGCCCCCCAGGACGGCACUCCAGGAAUGGGAGAGCAUAUAUGCUCCCUCAUCUCUGUUCAUCGUCUUCGGGCUCCGCUUUAUUUCAAUCGCCUCCUUUAUCCAACGGUGGUAUCGGUUGUCUUUUAUCCUUUGGAUAAAGGAGGCGUCACACUAAUACACCUGUGUGAGCUUCUGAUGAAAAGUGAAGUAUAUCCGUCGAAACAUGUCAAGGUCAAGAAAAUAACAUCUACCAAUAUUUCUGUGAUAAAGAAAACAAUAAAACAAUAAAUAUUUAUCUCAAGUGUAGACACAAUGAAUGCAUUACAACUAUUGAUAUUUCUGUGUUUGCUAUCAGUGUAGACUCGGGGGUAAUGGAAGGUCGCUAGCAAACAUGUAAAAGUCUCAGCCGUCUCAAACCUUCUCAGGUGCAGCGAUCCUACGGUGUUAUGUUGUGUGCCAGGGAUGAGUCACAGUCCCUUCACACAGCUGGGGAGAUGACCAUCCAUUUCCUUUCAGCCACUGCUGAAGUCUGCCUCAAGCAGAAUGCCACCCACUUUUACCAGGGUUCAAUAUGUUUUAGCUUUUAACCUUUUAUUUGUGUUCUUUGUAGAUAGUUCAUCAUUUUUGUGAACGAUGAACAUUUGUCAUGUCAAUCAAAUCUGUGGUUGCAUUCAAAGGGAGGGAAGGUUGUUUUUCUACCUAGAAGAUGACUCAAAGUCUACGGUAGACCAUGGGGCAAGUAAUAUGCGUUAUGCAUAUACACACUCUACAGGACUAACAAGAACUACAAACACCACGUGUGUUUAUAGUUCUACAGGUUGUAGGUGGGAAAAAGGCCCUCUAUUAAAUACAAAUAUAUAGCAAUGAUAUAAACCUGUCCAACCUUUUUUCGUUUUUAUUGGCACAGUAACAUUUGAUUUUAGUAUGGUUUUAAACCUAACACUAUCAAACCGGUUUUGUUCAUCAGCAGCUCCAGCAAUAGUCCAGUGCCUCAAAAAGGGAUGCGUAGAGAUUUGAAGGAUCUCAAAUUUAGCAUAUGAAAGGGAUUGGAUUGAAAAUGAAAAGGUAUUUGUAUUGUGUUGUUAAAGGUAUUUUGAGACAUUGCAGUAUUUUUUUUAUGGAAUGAAAGUCAUUCUUCCGCCGUUUUUACUCUUCACCUCUCUUGCCCAUAUUUUAUGAGAUACUUAACUUUCCUGAUCGUUUUUUCUUGUAUUGUACUGUUCAGCUGUGUGAUCCGCAGUUCUGGUCAAAUGCUAAUAAACCCUUACAUUACACAACAAAAGAUUCGGAGUGAAAU